AUGGAAUUUCCCCCUACUGUACUGCAGCAAGUCGUAACGAUAACAGUAACAGCAGCAGCAGCAGAAGCAGCAUUCUGGUUCCUCGAACAUGAAAUCCGUCAAGCGUACCGUUGCCCGACGUCCGAUGGAAGAAUAGGCCGCGGAGCGUCGCCUCGAACCGGAAUUCCACCCCGGCCAUGUCGCAUCGCAGCCGAACAUUCAACACACACACACACACACACACACACACACACACACACACACAUACGCACGCACCGUCCGAGGCACACCGGUCGCGCACCCCAGACCACGGCACGACGUUCGUUGCCGGUACUCACAGAUCCCGCUUCUCCUGAAGCCCCUGUGCUGUGGUUGCAGUCCAGUCCUGCAGUCCUGUUCGUUUCCCGCCGCAGGAGUCCUGAAGCCGACAAUCCGAUGACCCUACAAGCUACAAUCCUGUUCGUCCUCACUGCACCACAGAGUUCCACAAAGGGGCCCUAUGCCCACCAACCCGUCGAGGUUCAGCCUCCAGAGUCCCGACAUGACGUGCUGGCAUGCGACUGCCAGUCUCUCGCUUGUCUCUGCGCCCGCGAGAUCAGAACAGACCAGAAGGGAUGCACCACCGUGCCCCGAGCCCACAGCCGAAAGACCGUCUUUGAGUGGCGGCGCACGGUAAGGUCAGCGAGACCACCAGCUCUGUUUGCCCGUCUUCAAAGUUCCAGGGCCCCCCCUCCCCUACUUCCGCUGCCGGACCGCACUGCAAACGAGCUUGGCACGGGUCGGAAGAGCAGUAUCCUCUUCAUUGACCAAGGAACGUACCUCAUCACUGGGGAGGGGGUCCGGUCUGGUCUCAUGCUCAUGUGUACAUGGUGGGCGCUGCGAGACAGCCACUCCCACCGCAUCGGUGCGCCUCUCCCGACUGCGCCGCUCGCACAUGCUGUCAUCAUGCCUCUUGCGACGACACACGGGACACAGCACAAGACCGCCCUGCGCUCCAAGCUCCGCGCAGAGAAAGCCCUGCCGGCGAUCGAUUGA